AUGCCCAUGUUGACCAAAAAGAAAAGGCACAGGCUCUCUGGCCACGGCUUCUUCUCUUCCUCGCCGCCCGUGAUCUCUUCGCCAACCAGCUUCGUUAAAAUUUCCGGCGCCGGCAUGGGCCACCCGCUUCCAACUACUGGGGGUGGAGAUCAUGAUAGCGCCGCAGAUGACAGCAUGCAAGCUACCAGGGCUGCAGAACCGCUUGUGGAGGAUUUAGAUCAGGUUCAUGCCGACGAGGAACACGCGCCGGUACAACAGUUCCAGCCCUCGCUAAGCAAGACGGUCGACUACUCUCCUGGGAGACAACACUCCCCAACCCCAUCAGAAGAAGACGCUGCCGCCCCUCCGCCUGAUUUUACACGGAGAGGCAUUCAUAUCCCUACGAGGACUAGCAGCAACACCGCUACGCUCAAGAAGCGUUUCUUUCGCUCCUCAAGCCUGCCACCGACUACACCAACUGAAACUGCUCCUAUGCCUACCACAAUUGACUCUUCCUCCAUGCGUGAACGAAGCUUGCGAAGCUCGGCCGACUCUGUCCAAUCAUUCGACACUCAAGCUUCUUCAAUCGCAACACAUCAACUCGGUCCUCUCCAAACAAAAGGCCCACUCGAGGAUGUCGACCGCCUGUCCCCCCUUCUGGAAGAUGACCCCCAGUCCUUUGAGCUCGUCGCCCCAACCUCAAACCACAGCAAAGGCUUCGAUCUUGAAACCCGAUCGGAGCAAUUGUUCUCGAGAGAUCACCUCCAAGCCAUCUUCCGCGACACACCUUCUCUCCUCCGUUUCACCGCAUUCCUCAGCACAGCCAGGCCGAAGUCGGUCCCGGUCCUAAUCUAUUACCUCGAUGCGCUCAAGGCUAUGCGCGCGAUACAGUACGCCAAUGCCGUCGCGGAAGCGCUCGAGCCAAUCGAUGGGCAGGAGUUUACGGAACAUCCCCCACGGUCUACGCUUAAUGCUGUGCUGGAGGACAAGGCGCAGCAGGCGUUUGAUAUCCUCGUUAGAGACGAGCUGCCUGCUUUCAUCACACACGUCUUCAUCCAGCACGUAAGCGUCAGCAUUCAGAAGCGCGUGACAGGCAAUAUGCCCCCGAUGCUGCGCGAAGCAAGCGAAGGUCUAGCCGAAGUAUUUUGCGUCUCAGACCCGUCGCGAUCGGAUAACCCCAUCAUCUUCGCGUCGGAAGAAUUCCACCGCACAACCCAAUACGGCGUCAACUUCGCCAUCGGCCGCAACUGCCGCUUCCUCCAGGGCCCGAUGACGAACCGCAGCAGCGUGACGCGCCUCCACAACGCCGUCAGCGAGGGCAAGGAAACCAGCGAGGUCUUCCUCAACUACCGCCGCGACGGCUCCCCCUUCAUGAACCUCCUUAUGAUGGCCCCGCUCCUCGACUCCCGCGGUAACCUGCGCUACUUCAUCGGCGCGCAAGUUGACGUCUCGGGCCUCGUGAAGGAUUGCACCGACCUCGAUGCGUUCCAGCAUUACCUCGACGUCAAGGAGGGCCGCGCGCCGCCGGAUGAUAAUAAAGACGAAUUCCAGGAGCUCAGCGAGAUGUUCAAUAUUCAGGAGCUCGAGACAGUGCGGCGGUGCGGUGGGAACAUGCACAGGGAGACGCUAGAUGAGGAUGACCGGAUGAGUAUGAGGGGUGGACAGCAGCCACGGCCGCGGGUCGUCAUUAAGGAUAUGAGUGCCUACGGGGAUGAGGGGCUGAAGAGCAAUAAUCUGCCGCUCAAGACGGAAGGGAAGCUGCAGGGCGUGUACAAACACUAUCUGCUUAUUCGGCCGGCGCCGUCGCUGCGCAUCCUCUUCGUGUCGCCGUCGCUGCGCGUCCCGGGGAUCUUGCAGUCCCGCUUCCUCGAUCGCAUUGGAGGAAAUACCCGCGUGCGCAAUUCCGUCGCUGAGGCCCUCACCGAUAGCUCGCGUGGUGUCACCGCGAAGAUCCGCUGGCUGAGCACCGCGACCGCGGACCUCGACGAGGGCCAGCACGAAGAAGGACGGCCGCGUUGGAUACAUUGCACACCGUUGUUAGGCCAAUCUGGCGCGGUAGGCGUGUGGAUGGUUGUCUUGGUGGACGACGAGAAACAGACGGGUCCUGCACGGCGCUUUAGGCAGGCGCCGCCAGUCCCAAACGACGUGCGGAGACUGCAGCAACAACGCUCCAAGCACCUGUCGCCGGAGCCGUCGGCGUAUGAUAUGGACAGCGAGAGAGAGCGCCACAGCGAGCGCGAGCGCGAGGGCAGAACGCCGAUGUACAACAUGGGCCACAUGAGCGGCAGCCAACCGCGGCUUAACAGGAACGGAGGUUAUAGCCGACCUGAGAGCGCGAUGAGCGAGCAGAGGGCAGAGCCAAGUAUCGCCUCUUUUGCACUAUGA